AUGGGCAUCAUCAACCGGGUAGAGGAAAAAAACACGUCGUCGUCGGUCUCGCACACGAAGGAGCACGCCGCGCUCGACGCAGGCGUGCUCGCUGCCGCCGCCGCCGCCGCCGCGCCCCGUCCCCCUCUCCCCGGUGCCCGUCCUCUUUCCACCGUCGCCGAAUCCGGACGAGACCGGCAGGAUCCGCCGCAUCUCACGCCCGCGGCCCGCCGUGGCUUUCGGCGGCAUCGGGGGCGCCGGUCCGCCCCCGCUCCUCCGGGGCUGGCAAAACGGCGGAGCGGCGCUCUGGUCAGGUUCCUCUGCUUCAAGGGCGGCGCGUGGGCUGAUGUCGAGGGCGAGGCGGCUGUGCCUCUGCGCCGGGCGUUCCUGGACGGGAGGGUGGUCGCAGAGGCCGCGUAUGGCGGCAGGGAGUUCCUGUUCGACUUCCUGUGGAUGGUGCGCAUCGACGCUGGCACCGCCGAGGUGGUCGCCAUGGGCUGGAUUGACCGCGGGGCCUGCUUCUUCCCUGUGCCAGAAAGCGGGAGGAAGAGGAAGAGGGGCGAGCAUGAGCCGGGGGACGGGGCGUCGUCCGAGGUGGAUGAGAGGUCCGACGAGAGCAGCGACAUGGUGGAGUCCUCAAUCCAGCCUAAUCUCCUGCCACUCUCAAGCACUCCCCGUGCAGCAGGCCUGAUGUGUAGGCUGCCAUGGCAAGGCUACAUCCAUGCAUUCGAUGAGAGGUCCAACGAGAGCAGCGACAAGAUGCAGGGCCAGCUCCUAGCCGCUGCGCGCGGCGCCGACGGGGGCAAUGCCAAGUUCGCGUGGUAUGGCGCUCCAUCGGUGGAUGUGGCCGCGGCGGCGGUGGAGCACGGGUUCGGUAGGAUGAACAACCGGGUCCUUUUCCAUCACGCGCACGGCGACGACGUCCACCUCUCGCCGCCUCGGUCUCCUUAUGCCAGCGCAACGCUAGCAAAUGUAGAUGAGAACGGCGAGGCGCAUAUCAUGUUGUGCCGUGUUCUGUUGGGCCGGCCAGAGGCCAUCCCGGCCGGGUCCUCCAAGCUCCACCCCAGCAGUGACAAUUACGACAGUGCCAUCGACAACAUGCAGAACCCACAGUGGUAUGUUGUUUGGGGCAAGGACAUGAACAUGAGGAUCCUCCCAGAGUACGUCGUCAGCUUCAAGUGUCCCAACCUCCAUCAGAUGCAAGGAUCAUCGGGAGCGAACUCCACGCUAAAGAAGCCUUCGCCGGUGGCUCAUGACAUGUUUCCGACGCUUCUAGCAGAGAUCCAGUGGUUCAUGCCAUCUUCCAAGCUGCAGACAUCGCAGGGGACCUACAAUUGCUUCAAGCCAGCUGCAAUGAAGUCCUUCAUAGAGAAGGGUUUGCAGAAAAUGAUCUUGGCAUCCCAGAUAAGCAGCGAGGAAGCGCAUGACCCGCUUGACGCGGCCCUACGAGACCUUGCAGCGCCGAUUCCAGAAGACGCCAACGCCGGGACGCUGGAGGCGCUCCACCUUCAGCUCAUCGAGGGCGCGUAA